CAUAAUUCCAUAGUUUGCCAAGAAAGGGAUCUGUGAUCAUCGAAUACACGGCGAAUAUUCAUAAUUCCUUCUGAGAUUGAAAGCGUAAACAAGGGCACGUCGAAAAACAAGAACGAACAUAAGCAUAACGAUUAUAUUUAUAGUAUAUCCAUAUAAUUAUAAGCAAGUUAUUAUAAUGGUACAACUGGUAUUAAAUCACAAGUCUCGUCACACAUUUCACAUUAUCGCAUGAUACACAAAGAAGUCUCCCUUUUUAACUUGUAUCAGGGUUAAAUAAUAUCUCUAUCUGUGUCGUUGCUACUAUUUUUCUGAAGGUGUAACGCUAAUUCCUCACGUCGCUGAAUCAUUCAACACGACCAAAAGAUAGUGAAGGAAGGUUGUGCCCUGCAGCUUCAUCUUCCGGCAGCGCACACUCCAUUCACAUACACCUCAUAGUAAGUUCAAUUACAACUGGGAGACUUUGUGUCUGGUGGACGAGCGCGGUGGAGGAUGCAGAAACUCGGAGAAUUUGUGAUGUCCAAAUUGGACAAAGACGGGGAUGGUAAAAUCACCGUGCAUGAGGUUGAGGAGAUGGUUGAGGAGACGAGUGAAAAGCUGAAGAAAGGAGUGGAACCGGUACACUGAUGAUUUCCUGGUUUCGUUACAGUUCCAGUUUUUACUUAGAGUUAGAUUUUUUUGUCCUCGCUUCCCAUCUGAUGGCUAAUAACCGUAACUCAACGUAGUUGUACAACAUUGAUUCAGCAACUUCUACAGAGCCCAACCUACUAUCUACAUCUACUGUGAAGCAGUGUCUUUGAGCAAAAAGUUGUCGAUAAUAUGAAAUCAGAUCUUGAUGUUGUGCUAUCCGUGUACUACAUCAAGAUCAAUGUUUCUACUGCAUCCACCCUCAUCUGUGCAACCAGAUUCGCUCGCUCUUGCAACGUUACCGAUGGACGGCAGAGAUGGGUGUAGGGUAUAUCGCAUGUUUCUACGGAGGAAACUUCUCCCAUUGCUUUCUCUGCGCGACGGCUUUUCAGUCGGCUGAGGGAGAGGAGGUGAUGCGCAACAUCAACGAACUUCGAAAAAUUACAAGUGUACUUUUACCGUAGGAGCAAGCAGCUUCCCUAUAUUAUAUAUAAUUAUUUCUACGUAUAAUGACAGGGUGAGGCUCACUUGUCCUUUAAGACGAAACCCUGCAAAUUCUAUUGGAGAAAAUUCAACGAAGGACUGCAAAAGUCCGGACAUAAUUCAACCCUGCCGGGCAUGAUGCGAAUCCGCAGAACACUCGCCGCCUACUGCGCUCCCUUCGCGAAAACCUUCCCCCAAUUGCGAGCCAAGAACCUCGGGCGCCCUCCAAAUCCCCGCGCCCCUCCAGAAUCCCCAAGCACACACUUGCAGGCUGAUGCGGUGGACUCUGGAGGGGCGCGGGGAAUCACAUGAAACGAAACCAAAAGACAGAAAAACCAAGAGAGAGCAAGUCGCAAAAGUCGCUAAGCGAAGCACUUCCAGGACGAGGAGGCGACAACCAUGACCGUUCUAGUGCAGUUCUUAGUUGACUUAACGCCAUUGAAAUCGUCUAACUACGUGCGAUCUUGGAUAGAGGAUACAUGUAGUAACCCGAUUAAACCCAGAGUGCUAUGUGAUUGGUUCCGCUUCUUGAUCAUCUUCAGUCAACAUGACUCCAUGUCAAUGUCUGCGCCACUCUCGUCGCUUAUAAACAAAAUCCAGGAAUCUACAAUGAAAUUCGUGAGCCACAUCGGUGGAGAGGACGGCGCAAUAGUCGUGUCCAGCACCGGUACAAACAGCAAUGAGCACAGCCCGACCGACUCAGGUAGCGAGCGCAAGGUUGAAAUUCCAUCAACGACACUCCUAGCGGCGAUUUCGAGCAUUGACCCAGAGCGCAUCCUCAGAUGCAUGCGAAGCAUCUACGUGGGCUUCCUCGCUUCACUUUGUUAUGACUCUAGCUUUGGCAUUGCAACUGAUGUUCAUCCGCGCUCCCCGAGAAUGACUGUAAUUUUUUUUUGAAUCUUCAGUAUCAAUCCGGCAUGGAAAUCAAGUCUUCGGCAUCUCUGGAACUCUUUCUUCACAUCGUCGCGAUCAUCGAAGAGGAGCACGAAGAACAGUCAGUUGAUGAUUUUUCUUUCGUUCAAUUUAUUAUCUUCUUAUUCAGGCCUCUAGUACUACAAGUAGCUUACUAUAUAUUACCUCACUACCACAAGCACAAUCACAAGUACGUCCACGACCAACUAAUGAACGGUGUUCGCGACCAACUUCUUUAAUCUUCCGCUGCAGUCAACGAAAACGCUGCAAAGUUUGGUCUUGGCUUGACCCUCGGCGACCGAAUAACGAGCUUCAUUAUGUCCGUCGUCGAACGAUUCAUGGAUCAGGUCCGUCUUGAUGCCUUGAUAUCGAUUAUUAACUUUCCUCUCGUCGCUAACGCUAUAAAGAACAUCAUAGAUUUUUUACAAGAUGAUAUUUGAACUUGUUGAUACAUUCAUUUAUAUUUACAAGUAAAAAUGCAAUCUCAAGUACAAUUACCAGUACCUGGCUGAUCCGAUCGUCGACCACUGGGAACCAAAAUCCGUCUAUUAAAACACUGUCAGGCUGAAACACGCAUUUCCGGAGCCGUGGAAGACGGUGAUGCGCGUGAUUCACAUGUGAGUACCGUGUCUAAAGCAGAGGAUGAGAAGGCAUUGGUCCAAAAGCAGAGCAUUCAAACAACUUUGGCAUGGACCCGCUUAGGAGUGCGAGCGGUCGCUAGCAGCUUGGGCGUCUACGUUUCCUGGAAGCUAAAGGACAUGGCAGCGGUACUAAGACAUACAAGUUUUUUUACAACUAUAAACACUACUCAAUUUCACGGUGUGUGACGUAGCGGCGUCCUCCAUUUGAGCAGAAGGACAGGUCAGAUUUAAGGCACUGGGACAGGAAAUGUUUUGUCAGUAGUCAUUGACGUUUUCUUGUGAAUGUGAAUUCUCUCCACUUUGUGGUCUGUUUCAUAUUGUUCCUGUCUGCAUUUGAAAUAAGUUACCAUGAUGUUGUUCACAACAUCUAGAACCGCGUUCGACAACAUACAACUCAACAACAACUUCAGACCUGGUCGACGUGCCAUUGGGGCGGAAUUACAUGUAUCGGAGCAUUCUGUCAUCUUGUGGGUCAUAAAGACGCCGCAAUGGAGGAAAUGCUAGGCUUCGGAUUGGCAGGCCUUGGCUUUGCUUUUCACCUACGGAGCUUCAGCAAACCCGCAGUGCCUACGCUGUUGUCACCUCUUCUCAUGCCGGUCACACUCGCAGAAACCGUCUUGCGGAGCAUGACGCUAACGUCGAGCUAAAGAAAUUAGCAUUUCAGUUAAGGAGUGCUGGAUCUCGAAGAAAGGUCGCUGUCAAGAUUUUACGAAGUCUUAAGUCAUACAUAGGUUCGUUUAGGUAAUGUCGUACUAGUACUAUGAAAAAAACAGUACAGGAGAUAGUACUGGUAGUUGUUUGUAGCGGUAAAAAUGCCGCUGCUAGUGCCACAUCUGCUUCUUCUAGCUUGUGCUAGUGCUUUUGCAGCUGAUUGCGCACGCACUGCAGCUCUUUAUAAGGUAUAUUGAUCGAAUUUUCCGUGUCUCUCCGUGAUGGUGUCGUUACAUUUUAGGUACAUGGUAACCUGUGGAGGCUGUGGGUGUGCCGUCGAAUAUCACGCUUGUAUUCGCAUUGACACUUACAAAUUCUUCAGAUUCAACAUAAACUUGGAGUGAUCUCAAUUGCAUAGAAACGACCUAUUUGAUGUCGUUAAACUACAAGAAAUAACUACACCAAUAGAGCUAGCUUCAACUAUUCUUGUUUUCUCCUGCUCGUUGUCGUUAUAACAAAUAGAUACAAAUAUCUUAUCAUGAUAACCAUUAGCUGUCGCGGUACAACUAGUACAAAUGUGAACCAAGUAAACAAGAGCAUGACAUAGUCAUCGUUAGAAAGAGAGCUCCAACCCGAACGCCGAUGGAAUUUUCAUGACAAAAUAUAAAUCAUACAUUUUUUCCCUCAUUAUGCUCCGUGUUUUGUAUUUUUUGGCGUUAGCCUGUGCCUGCAGCAUGCUACGAAAUAUUACAACGAACUGCAAAAGAAAUUGCAAUUGAAGAAACCCAGGUGACUUAUGCAGAUUUCAGCGGAAAUAGGACCAUACGUCGACGAGGUAACACCAUGAGAGCGGACAAGCACACCAGAGUAGCUCUGUUUCUGCGCAACGGAGCCAGCGUAUCCUACGUCCUGAUACAAGCCUGUUA